GAGCAGGUGGAGGCAGCGCGAGGAGCGGACUGGAGGCGAAGCAACAGAGUGGAGGACUUUUACACCGAGCGGCCCGAGCUGUUGUCUCAGAGAGGACAGAGAGGACAGAGAGGACAGAAGGCAUUUAAACACCAGCACGGGGCAGCUGAGAGAGAAGUAGAGCCCGAGGACGUGGAGGAGCUUUGCCGUCUGUGUACGAAGUGACGGAGAAGACAAGUGUCUCUGCAGGAGGUAGCGACCUCUCACCAUGCAGCACUACGGAGUGAACGGAUACUCUCUGCACGCCAUGAACUCCCUCAGCGCCAUGUACAACCUGCACCAGCAGGCCGCGCAACAGGCGCAGCACGCGCCCGACUACCGUCCAUCCGUGCACGCGCUCACACUGGCCGAGAGACUUGCUGACAUCAUCCUGGAGGCUCGCUACGGUUCUCAGCACCGCAAGCAGCGCAGGAGCCGCACGGCCUUCACCGCGCAGCAGCUGGAAGCGCUGGAGAAGACCUUCCAGAAGACCCACUACCCAGAUGUGGUAAUGAGGGAGCGGCUGGCCAUGUGCACCAACCUGCCCGAGGCCCGAGUGCAGGUUUGGUUCAAAAACCGCAGAGCCAAGUUCCGUAAAAAGCAGCGCAGCCUCCAGAAGGAGCAGCUCCAGAAGCAGAAGGAGGCGUCAGGCGAAGGAGGAAGCGAGAAGGAGGAUGGACCUCCCUCCACAACUAUCCUCCCUGACACCCAGCUCCCUCCUUCAUCCUCCGCUUCCUCAUCCUCUUCUCUGGAGACAGAGGUUCCGGUGGUCCGUCCUGUGCCACUUGACAUGGAGCUGAACGUCACAUCUGCAGAACACUCUGGCAGCGAGUCGGCGACGGAGGAUAAUGCCACGGACAGGGAGGAAGAGAGUAAAUCUCAGAGGGAGGAGAUGAAGUGUGAGAGGGCGGUGACUCCAGGGGAUGUCUCACCAGCUUGCAAAAGACUCAGCCCUAAACCAGACUCUCCCCUGGUCUCUCCGUCUGUGACCCCUUCCUCGUCCAGCAGCGGCCUGGCCAGCAGCGGUCCUCUCUCUCAGGGCCACUCAUACUCCUCCUCCCCUCUCAGCCUGUUCCGUCUGCAGGAGCAGUUCCGCCAGCACAUGGCCGCGACCAACAACCUGGUGCACUACCCUGCUUUCGACCUCGCCACCCCAUCUUCACUCCCCUACCUGGGGAUGAAUGUUAACAUGCCCCCCGCGCCGCUGGGCUCUCUGCCCUGCCAGUCUUACUACCAGUCCCUGUCCCAUCACGCCCAGCAGGUGUGGAACAGCCCGCUGCUGCAGGCGUCGGCUGCAGGCGGCCUCAGCAGCCACAACAACAAGACGACCAGCAUCGAGAACCUGCGUCUGAGGGCCAAACAGCACGCUGCCUCACUGGGACUGGACACAAUGACUAACUGAAAAUCAGAUUGUAUGGAGGACAUCUUAAAGUAGAACCUCGGCCUACACAUCACCCCAUCCCACUGCGUGUCUGUGUGACUGUGUUAGUUCUUUAGGAACCAUAAACUACGCCCUUCUUGAUGAGAUGGGCACAGGACAUGCAGAAAUGUCCAAAAUAAAACAUGCACUGGACCUACAGAACUCCACCUAACAGACCACACUUCCACAGCUUGUUCAACUCUUCUUAAGCUUCUGUGCAGCUCAAGGUCCAGUAUAACCUCGGGAAAAAAACAACAAGAUAUUGAACAUUGCUCGACUAAUGCAUCGGAUAAAGUGAAUGUCACAGAGAAAGUGUUCCUGACUCAUAAGAUGAUGUUUCUAACAGACACAAAGCUGGACAGUCUCAUUUAAAAAAAAGAAUCACUGAACACGACACACAUAGUUGAUGAUGAAUGCACUCAGAUUUAAAGACAAUGCAAACAAUGUUUACAAGGAAAAUGUGAAAAAAUGAGGCACUUUUGAAGGAAUUUGGCUUGUUGGCCAGGAGGAAAAAAAGAUAACGCUCGUGCAGCAGUGAAGAUUUCUGUCACAGGACCAUCAACAUUUCAAUUAAGCAGCGCGGUUAUGUACAUAGCAUGUACUACAUAACAGCACAUGAAUAAAAAUAAACUUCAAGCCAUGUUGUCCUCAACAGCAUAAUUAAAAGUGACUAAUUUACCAGUUUAAUGGCCAGUAAUAUGCCACUUUGUACAGAGGCUGGCUUGAUAAUGAGAAAAUGAUUUCAGUGAGUAAAUUCUCAGAGCUUUUAAUUACAUUUUGCCCUGGGCUGAGGGAGCUGGGGCAAAUGCAAUUAUGAACAUGCAUACCAUUUAAGAUCGCCUUUAUAAAUUCAAAAGGUCUGGCCACAAUUAAGGUUGCAACAUAACUGACAUCACUUUGUCACAAUUUAAUAUGAAUAUAAAAUUUUAUGAUAAACAAAUUUGGACUUUUGGGAACCCAACGCAUAUUUUAUUCUCGCCUUAAUAUUCUCUUGAGGAAACAUGCAGCUUUUCACUGACUGUUAGCACUUGAUGAGGAGAAUCACAAGCGACUCUCAUGUUUUCUGUUAAUGUGUUCUGGAGGCUAAUGUCUUCAUAUGAAAAAAAAAAACAAAAGCACAUUAUUUUAGUAUGUAAAAUACACAAAAGUCUAUCUAUUAAUGUUUACUGGUAAGGUAACUGUAAAGUUCAUAUUAUGUUGUAUAGAUGAUAAUGGAUUCCUUUAGCUGUCAGAUUGUAAGAUUGUAUCUGCUGAGCUCACCGGCAGCCCCGUCCACCCCUCCUCUUUCCUUUCUUGGUUGUCUGUGUAAUGAUCUCUGGGAUGAAUUAAUAUUUUAAAUGUGUUCACUGGCUUGAAAGGACCAAUUGAACAGAGUUUCUGGAAAUCUGCCAGCUUCUGUGUGUUUUACGAUCCAGACAGAAAAGCCUGAAGUCUAAGUUAGAAGAUUUCAGUGAGUAUUUGACCCGUGUCCUCUGUGUACUGCUGUCUUGACUCUGAGUUCUGUUGUUGAUAUUAUUCUAAUACUGUCCCCCCCCCCAAUGUCUCUGUCAAACUACUUGGUCCAGUGGUAGAUAGAUUUAUAAUGGUGGAGGAGAGAGUGAGUGGACCAUCAGCAGUGUUGUUUCCUUUGCUCCUCCCUAACAAUGUAGACUUGAAAUAGUGUUGUUGUAAAAUAAUCGCAAAUAAAAACAUUGC